AUGGUCGAAUACGUAGACUGGCUUGGAAAAGUUGCCAGCGAUGGAGGCGAAUUGGCAUGGAUUACUCGGACAAAAGCCUUUGAUGCCAAAAGUCAUCAGAGAAGUCGGUAUAACUUGCUGAACUAUGUGUUAAGCUCUGAUAAAGUCAAGGUAAGUAUGACAAGAUGGUUUAAAAAUUAAAGGCUUCAAGACAGCAUAAAUUUAAGCCAUCUCAAGAUAAUAUUGUCUAAUUAUUUACUUUAACAUAUUAUACAUUUUAAGAAUGCAAUCAAUGAAACAGUAAAAGAAACUGGCAGAACAUACGAUAAUGUCUCUGCUGAAGCUAAAGAGAUUCUGGAUAACAUGGCGCAUGACUUCAAUUUGACUGCUACAAGAGCUAUUGGAUAUCCAGUGUUAAAAGUUAUAAAGGUAACAGAAAAACCGUACCUUAAAAUGAAAAGAGUGCUUUAUGAGUACAGAAAACAUAAACCAACGUAUUUACUCUGUAAAAACUCUUCUCUUUUUCUACUGACACAACAUAAUUAAUAAACCAUCCCUUCAGAUUUUGUUUGACAAAAUAUUCGUCAAUAUGGAAGCCCUAAAACAACUGAAGACAAUUUGCAAUCAAGAUUCUGUAGUCUUUGUUCCCACUCAUCGUACCUACGUCGACUUCUUGUUGAUAUCGUUGAUCUGUUUCGAAGCCAACAUUACAUUACCUGCCAUUUGUGCUGGAUCUGACUUUCAAUCCUCCCGACUGGUCGGUGAAUCGCUUCGUAAAGCCGGUGCUUUCUUUAUUCGACGUGAAUUUGGUAAUGUAAGUUAAGAAAGAUAUUGAAUUAGUCAGUAAAAUAAAGAUUGUAAUUUUACUUCACUACUUGACCAAUCGACAAGAUUUUUUCCAACAUUUUUUAACAAGUAUAAUCCUAUAUCUAACAUUUCAGGACAACUUAUACUGGGCCGUCUUCUCCGAGUACGUUCAAGCCCAUAUUAUAAACAACGAAAGGCCGGUCGAAUUCUUCCCAGAAGGACAACGAAGCCGAGUUUCAAAAACUUUAAAUCCAAAAACAGGUCUUCUAAAAGUCGUGGCAGAACCAUUCAUUAGAAAUCAGGUCUACGAUACUGUGCUAGUACCAGUGACAAUGAACUACGACCGAUUGCUAGAGACAGUUUUAUACAGUAGAGAACUGUUAGGAUCACCAAAGCCAAAAGAAAACGUAUCUGGAGUGUUGAAAGUCAGAAAUAUUCUCCAUCAAAACUUUGGCAACGUCUUUGUCACGUUUGGCACGCCUAUAUCAUUGCGACAAACUAUGGCAAUCAACCGAGCUGAGUUAUCAUUCGGGGUGAGCUUUUAUUAAAUAAAAAUGUCAUUUUAAAGCUUCUCAUUCAUUCAAAACCAACUCACGUAAUUUUAUUUCUCUCUAGCCCUCAAGUGAAUUCAAGUUUACAAACCCCAUGAAGAACAGUGUACAACAACUAGCUGACUAUGUUGUUAACGAGCACAACAAGAACAAUGUCCUUACUGUUUGGAGCUUCAUGACUCCAGUAAUUCGAUUGGAAAUCGACAAGAAAGGAUAUGCAAAUUUGGGAGAUUUGUUCGAAAAAGUUGAAAAGCUUGUUGCAUUAUGCAAAGCCUUUGGAAUCACUGUAAAACAACAAUUAAACCUUACUGAAGAGAUAAAGUAAGCACAAAAUAAAUUACCUAACAACAUAACAUUAUAAAAUGUCGUGACUUAAUACAGAAUUAUAAAUUUAAACUAAAAGCUUUGCGUUUUUUAGCUACUACCUCAAGAUCUACGCUGAUGUUAUAGACAACGAGAACGGUAAAAUACGUCUCAAAGAAGUCCCAGCUGAAAAAUCUAAAGAACUCUCCGUUGAUGUGCUACAAAAAGCAAUCCCAGCUAUAGUAUUGCUCAACUCAUCUAAUGCGGCAGCCUUUUCCUUGUUCAACAUCGCCUUGAUCUUGCUGAUCUGCAAUUCCAACAAUAAAAUAAAGUCUGAAGAGUUGUUUUAUCGAUUCAAGUAAGUUAAACGGCUUAAAUUCUGUUUUAAAGGUCUACUUCAUCUGAAUUCUUUCAAACCAAAUGUAAUAUAAACUUACAGGAAGACCAAAUACAUAUUUAACAAAGAAUUCGUAAUGUCUGUGGGUCUUGACAAUGUCGCUUUCAAAGACGCCAUGGAUAAGUUGUACCAGUCUGGUAUCUUGUCUUUGGAUGGAGAUAGCAUCAGGAUUGUUAAAGAUGAAGUUGCCUCCAUGAUUACCAGCCCAGUUGAGGUAAGUUUAAUCUAAACGUUAUAAUUUACACCUUCUAUUAAUAUAUAACAAUGUCAACAAGAAAAACUAAUAAAAUUUUAACUACGUAUAACAUAAAAAGGGCAACAAAACAAAAAAAUUUCAGCCAUACAUUACGGCUUACAAUAACAUAAUGUGCCGUGUCAGAAAGACUGGCAAUUUAACGGUCCAGGAGUGCCGCAAACAGCUGGUUCCAUUCUGCAGCCGCUGUUCUGAUUAUCUACAUCUUUCAUCGGCUGUUAUUCGUAAUGUUCUACACCUCAAAACAAAGGUAAAACUUAUAAUUUUAAAAGCUAAUGUAGCUCGAUAAUAUACUCUAAAUACUACUUACAGAACCCUGAAGAGUUUGGUAAUUUUCAAGUUGAAGUCGAAAAGUUGUUGUCUCCACAACCAGAUCUGAUCCGAUCCAGAUUAUAA